AUGCCGUCUAAAAACAGACAUUUUCGAAGAUCUGGCGAUAUGUCCAAAUCAUGUCAAGUACGUGACCCUAUUGGAAUUUAUUUGUCUAUUUACUUGACACGAUAUGAUGACUACUCAACAGAACUUGGUGAGGUGGAAGGUUCACUGAUACAAGAACAGCGAGAUUUAGGGAGAGUACCAAAUGGAAUCUUGAAGACUCAUACCAAGGACACAACGCAGUCUUCAUUAUGUCCAGAAAGUGAAGUGUCAAUCAUUAUUUCGAAUACGUCCGAAUACGAUUCCGAUUCCAUUCCAUUUACACUUCCAGACAAUCAAACGUCUACACCUUUACUUCGGCAUAAAGAUAGCCCGGUCAAAAACGACGAGAAUGUCAUAGAUACCGAGCAACCAGAGAAAACAAAGGAUCAGAUCAAGGAACCGGAAAGUAAGGUCACAGAUAAAGCAAGUGAGGAAAAUUUGGGACCACCAAAGACAAAAGCUGUAAAAACCGAGAAUGGUGAAAAUUCGGUCGCAAAAGAAAACAAAUAUGUUGGUGUAAGUAAAGGACCGAAAAAGGAAAGAAACAAAAGCAAAAAGCCAGAGAACGAUUUUAAAAACUCUGCGUCGGCCAAGACGUCAACCAAGAAAGUGGAGGGACGCAAACAAAGCAAGGAUUCAAAUACAACGAAAAAAACAACAGCACAGCCAAAGAAUAACAGAAAAAUGGGAACCAACGUAAGUGCAAUGGAGUUGCAGGAGAAUAAAGAUAACAAUCGUAAAAUUUCCAGAGAACGGAAGUAUUCCACAGAUAUAGUCCAAAUGGAGUAUUUGUAUAGAACAUCACAAGAUAAAGCACAUCAACGUAAGAAAAGCAUAGAAUCACAAGCCGCACCUAAUAGAGUUAUAACCGGUGUGAGAUAUCCUGCAGCUCAGGCCAAUGGAGAUGCGGGCAAGCAUUCAAAUCGUUCAUCAAAAGAGCCCUCAGAGACACUAUCUAAUGGUGUUACCAGGACCCAUUCUGUGGAAACCAGUGAUAAAGAGCAGGGUGACAUCAUCAUUGAUGAACGUGGAGAAGCAGUCUCUGGUACCGAUGAAGAAGGACAAGGUGGGUCCAGAAUUAGCCCAGAAAAACGAGUUCGUAUUAGUUCGACCGAUCCUGUGAAGGAUGCUGAUGAUUUUUACAACCGUCUAUCCAUGAGAAUGGACAGAAGUGGUUACCUACGGGAGAUACCUUCAGUAACUCUUUUUGAGAAAACGUUUAAGGAGUAUUUGGAUAUGGGUAUUGCUAUACCCAAAGAUGAGAACAACAUUGUAAUUCCUAGCCCACCGACCACCAAGAAAGCUGAAUUAUUAAAAUCGUUGGAUUUUACAACCAUAGACUUGCAUGCCAGUAGGGUUCCAAAGAAAAUGAUGGAUAAAUCUUUAGCAGAAAUGACGAGGUUCCUAAUAAAACCAGCCGGAAGCAGCCGUAUAGAGAGAGUUCGAGCUAUAUUCGUGUGGUUAGUUACCACUGAUUUAGAUGCUGUUGAUUUAGAAAGUGAUGAUUCAGCUACGGAUGAUGAUCAAGAUGAAACUCAGUAUAAUGUAGAAGAAUUUCUUCAGAAUAUAAAAGAUGACGAAAUAUCACACGCUGAGCUUUUCCAGAAGAUGUGCAAAGUUGCUGGAAUUGAAUGUAAAACUAUAGAGGGUAUUUCAAGAGAAUAUAUAGAACAACCAUCAAACGUUGUUACCGAGACGACAACUACCGCCUGGUCAACGGUCGUGAUCCAACAGUCAUGGAGGUUGGUAGAUGUCGCCAAGGCAGCAGCUAUCUAUAAAGAUAGUAAGGAGAAUCUAGGUAUGGCACUGCACUCUGAGAGCAGUUCUGAAUCGAUGUUUGGAAGCAAAAAGUCUCCCAUAAAUGAUAUUUUAGACUUCUACUUCCUAACGGAUCCAGAGCAGUUCGUGUUUUCGAAUUUACCCGACGAAGAGAAUUACCAGCUUUUACCUCGCCCAGUUUCGUAUGCGGAAUUCACAUAUCUGCCUUUCAUCAAGCCACAUUAUUUUAUUCUUGGAUUUGAAGAGGUAGAGAAGUAUGAAUCUAUUACAGAGGCAAAGCAAGGCAAAGCUCAAUAUCUGUUUAGGUCUCCUGAAUCCGAAAUUAGAAAGUUGGCUUGUGGGUUUUAUAAGGUUGAAGGAAAAUCUCAUAAACAUAUAAGUACCAAGGAACUAAGAGAUUAUGUGUAUCUUGAAAGUGACAUGAAAACUGGAUAUUUUACCGUUAGAGUGAACGUUCCAGAAGCAGGGACGUACGUGUUGGAAGUGAAUGGACGCAACGGAUGGGAUACCUCAGAAAAAAGCAGUGGUAUCGUAAGUUAUGUCAUUAAGUGUGCUCGGACCUUCCACUCUGAACCAUACACAGAAAACGACCGCGAAGAAUGGGGUCCGGGGUCUGACUGUUACAUUAUAGGAUUAAAACCAGUGACACAUCCUGGUGGAGAUGUGAUAAUAGAAAAUGGUGAAGGUGUUGUUGAGUUCGAAAUGAAAACCCCUCUGGAUAUUCUACAUACAUUAACUCAUAGAGAUAUAUCUUCUUCUGAAUUAUCCAAUUUUGUGAUUCAUCGAUAUGAGGAUAAGAUUUUGUACAUUCAUAUCCGUGUUCCUAAAGAAGGUGAUUAUGCUUUGAAAAUUUUCGCCAGGAACGAAGAGGAGGAAGGGGUAUUUGUAAAUGUUUGUACAUAUCUUGUUCGUGCGAUUAAGGACGUACCAAAAGACUUUUUGCCUUAUCCAAAAAUUGAUGAUGGCUUGGUGGGUACAAACAAAUUUUUCAAAAAGCUUGACAUGGAAAAUGUUCGUCCUAAAAUGUGUAUUUUGGAUUGUCCAGAAACUGGGAAACUGAAACUAAAAAUUAAUUUAGCUCCUAACGUACAUUAUCUUCCAGAAUUUAAAUUGUGUCGUGGUGAUGAAGAAACCGCCAUGCAUGAGUAUACCACCUGGUCGCUGGUUGGUCUGAUGGGUACAUUUAGGUUAAACUUCCCUCAACAAGGAAUUUAUCUGUUUUCUCUGUAUGCAAUAUUACCCGACCAGGGUGACCAAGUAAACUCUGUUUAUAAUUCUGUGGUAUUUUGUAAUUGGCCCCGUGAAAGGUGCUUCCCUUAUGCUACAUCUCUGGCAAGUUGGACUCCAUACUACAGACUCCUUUCUCCCAAGGAAGUAUAUUUAGUGGCUGGCACUGUUGUCAAGUUCGUUGUGGACGUUCCUGACGCAAUUCGUGUGAGUUUGAUUGGGAAUAGCGCUUGGCAGCAUCUAGAAAAGACUGAGGAUGGUCUAUGGGGUAACGAUAUCUCUAUUGAACCUGGUUUGGAAGGUAACUUGAUGAAAAUGUAUGCUUCUAUAGAGGAUGGUUCCAAGUCUAUGUUCUCUUUACUUCAAUAUAAGGUUGUAUCCAGAGAGGAGAUGACGGAGAUGGAGAACAUUCAGAAGGAAUACUAUCAGUCUGCCAUACAAAGAGUACAAAAUCUAAAAGAAACAGGUGAAUGGGUAGAUCCUCAGAUUGAGGAAGAAGCCCCGGCUGAAGAUGAAUUAGAUGACGGAAUUUCAGAUAUAGUCUUUGAUGAACCUGUUGUUCGUGAGGUAUCCCUAGAAGAGAGUAAAAAGCGAAAAGACUCCACCAAUAGCAGAUCCGGAAAGGAUAAAUCCAAAUCGAGAUCCUCUAAGAAAGAUAAGGAAAGACGUAGGAAAGAUAAGGACAAACGAAAUAAAGAUAAAGACAAGCAAGAUAAAGAUAAGCGAGGUAAAGAUAAGGAGAAAGAAGAUACAGAUAAAGACAAGGAAGAUAGACGGGACAAGUCAGAACGUCGUAAGGAUAAAAAUAAGAGGACUAAGAACCGAUCCAAGUCUAGGUCAAAGUACGACAACGCGUCAUCAGCUGACAUAUCAGCAUCUGCUACCGAUGCUGCGUCUUCAUCUGAAACCGAGAUUGCUAAAUCUCCCAAAUCACAUAGACGGAGAACUAAAUCUGCUAGUUCCUCCAAGUCUGAUAGCUCCUCAACUAAUCCAUCAAAGAAAGAAGAAACAUCUGAAAGUGAAACUAGUGAUGUUGAUAAUGAUAAGGAUUACGAGGGAAGUGAUGUUUCUAAUAAUAGUUGGGAGACAAGAAUGGUCGAGUUUGAAGAGCUCAAGAAGAAACAAGAGGAUGAGAAGAAACAUGACCAGAAACAAAUUAAAGCCAUGAAGACCCAAUUGAUCAUGAACCGAUUACGAGCAGCUACAAGAAGAAAAGAUAAAUUGGAGCUAAUUCGAGCUAUAGAUGAUUGGAAAGCCACGAAGAAUCGUAAAACCAAAGAAUUAAUACAAGCUGAACGGAUGUUGGAUGUUAUCAAUUUAAGAGAUGAUUUGAAUACUCACUUGAAAAACAGGAAUCUGCCUAAAUUACAAAAGACAUUAGAAGAAAUAGAAUUCAAAUGUUAUGUCAGUGAAAUUCCUUACGAAGUGUCUCAAGCAAGAUCACGAAUACAACUUGCUGAUAAAACUACCAUACAUUAUCACAAUCGUUCGCCUACUAUUGAUGUUCAGACUUUAGCUGAGAUAAGAAGCUAUAGUCGUCCGCCAGAGGUCGUCCAUCAGAUCGUAGUUGCCAUGCUUCUUCUGAUAGGUUGUCCAGAGAAAAAUACAAAGAAAUGGAAAAAGUGUCAGAAAAGAUGUGUAGUAUCUGGUAAAUACGGUCUGCAUAGUCGACUUCAUGAGGUAGAUCCAGACGAAAUCGACCCAUCUAUAGCUGCUAGAGCUCAAGAAAUAAUAGAAGAUCACACAGCUGCUGAGGCGUAUUCUGUUAGUCCUGGUGUUGGUGCUUUAUUCCGUUGGGUAAACCAAAUAAUUAGUGCCGUGCAAGAUGGUCAGAAGGAUGAUGAUUCGCCUGUCAAACCGGCCCAUAGGAAAAAACAGAACAUGCUAUUUCGUGAAGCAACUGAACUAAGUGAGGAUUCGCCCAGAGAAACUGGAGAAUACGUCAUUCGUGAAAAAACUCAAUCUCAUUUUAGAACUAAAGGUAGAGGCAGAAACCCAAAUAAAUCCAUUAGUUUUGCUGACGAUAAGAAAUCACGAAGUCGCAGUCGUUCGACACGAGCUCGUUCAAAAAGUCCAGAGAAAUUCAAACAUUAA